UCUCCAUCUCCUGACCUCAUGAUCCGCCCGCCUCGGCCUCCCAAAGUGCUGGGAUUACAGGCGUGAGCCACCGCGCCCGGCAAGCAUCUAGGGUCUUAAACGAAUGGUAGGCCCUGGAGGUCAGAUGUCUGUGUCCCCAGUGGGGCAGAAUCCAUGGCUCUUGAGGAGGUGGGGGAGGGGUUCUAUCUGGAACCCUCUUGGAUGGCCUGGAGUGAUGCUGGGAGAUUUAGCUACUGGCCUGCUAGGGAGGAAGGAGUUAAGUGGCUCUUCUGUCACCUGAGCUGGGCAUCAAAUGGCCGGGUCCAGGUUCCUCUUGGAAGGGGCGGAGCCAGACCUGUCCUGGGCCUCUCCUGCAGCCUCAGGUCCCGGUGACUACAGCCUAGGAGCUCUGGGACACCCUUGUCUAGCGAAGAGGUCUUACUGGCUGCCCUCACCUGACUUUGUGUCCCCAGGCCCCCAGCCAUGGCCCUGUCCCUGCCUCUGGGCCUUAGAUUUGGCUCAGAGCCCCUCAACCACCCACCGGGAGCACCUAGGGAGCCGGACAUUGUUGGAUGCACCGUCUGCACGAGAGCAGGCUCAGACCCUGAGGCAGGACUCCUUGGACCCUCCUGAGCACUUCCAGGGUGGGCCAAGGGGCAAUAAGCCUGCUGCUCAGCCCCCAAGAUGGUCAACACCCUCUUCCUACGAGGACCCAGCUGGGGGCAAACACUGUGAGCACCCCAUCUCUGGCCUGGAGGUACUAGAGGCUGAGCAGGACAGCCUGCACCUGUGCCUGCUGGGGCUGGGCCACCAGCUGCAGGACCUGGAGCAAGGCCUGGGGCGCUGGGCAUUGGCCCAGAGUGGGAUGGUGCAGCUGCAGGCCCUCCAGGCGGACCUACGAGGGGCAGCUGAGCGCGUGGAGGCGCUGCUAGCGUUUGGUGAGGGGCUGGCACAGCGGAGUGAGCCCAGGGCCUGGGCAGCCCUGGAGCAGAUCCUGCGGGCCCUGGGAGCUUACCGAGACUCCAUCUUCCGGCGGCUCUGGCAGCUGCAGGCCCAGCUGGUCAGCUACAGCCUGGUGUUCGAGGAGGCCAACACGCUGGACCAGGACUUGGAAUUCGAGGGAGACUUGGACUGGCCAGCACCUGGUGGGGUCUGGGGGCCCUGGGCACCCAGUAGCCUCCCCACUUCCGCAGAGUUGGAGUGGGAUCCGGCGGGGGACAUUGGGGGUCUUGGGCCCUUGGGACAAAAGACAGCCCGGAUACUAGGAGUGCCCUGUGAGCUGUGUGGCCACAGGGGCCCCCAGGGCAGGGGACAAGGCCUCGAGGAACCACACACCUCUCACUCCCGACAGGACAUGCUGGAGUCUGGCCUCAGCUACCACAAACACUUAGCAGGUCACCAAAGACGUUCCCUGCUCCGGAAGCCUCAGGGGAGGGAGUGUGCCUCUGACCCUACUGACAGCUGCCAAAGUCCCAGGCUGACUCCCACUUACUGGCUGAGGUCAUGGGCUGCACCUUGAAUAAACCAGAGUGCUCGGAUUGGCCAGGUCUGGGUCACACCAAUCAUGGAAGCUGGGCAGGUGAGUAUCAGCUUCACCUGAACCUGAAGGUCUGGGAGUGGAAGGCAUGACAGCCUCCCCCCUCCAAUUGAGGCACUGUUAUCAGAAAAAGAGGGAUCGUACUGGAUGAAGGACAGACACAACCAGACAUCCACUAUACUUGGAGAUAUUCCAAGUCCACGUGGGGUCCUGGGGAUGAGGAGGUGCCAGGAAAGGAGGAGAAAUAAGACCAGCCCUGUAGGUCUACAGUAGUAGGGUAAAGGCGACACGAAGUGUCACUUCUGGCUGGGCACUGUGGUUCACGCCUGUGAUCCCAACACUUUGGGAGGUCACAGCAGGAGGACUGCUUGAGGCCACAUAGUGAGAACCACCCCCUCCCCUCAUCUCUACAAAUCAUUAAACAAAACUAAAUGGUUGUAGUGGCAUGUGCCUGUGGUCCCAGCUAUUAGGGAGGCUGAGGUAAGA